AUGUUUUUACGUAAAAUUGAAGAAAAUUCUAACAUCGAUGGCGAGAAAAUUCAUAUUGAUUAUAAAAAUUUUAGACAGAAAAUAAUCAAUGAUUAUAAAAACGAACGUGUUAUUAAAAAUCCUUACUAUCAUAUUAUCAUUGGUAAUGAUUUAACUAUCAAUGAUUCAUUAUUAAAUAGUAAAUAUGAUGAAGCGAUGAAACAUUUUGAUCGAGCCAUAGAACUUGAUCCAAAUCAUUGUGCAGCUGCUUUUUUUGGACAAGGAUGGCUUUUAUUAAAAGGUAAAAAAAGAAUUGUAGUUUCGAAUAGACAAGAAUUAGGCUAUAAAGAUGCAGCUAUUGAAAAAUUUCGAAGAGCACUUAAAAUUUUAUGUGAAGACAAGGAUUCGUUAGAAACUAUACAAACACUUUUAUUCAAUCGAUAUUCAGAUGUGAAUACUCUUCUAUACAAACAAUUAAUGCAGAAAGCUAAUAUUUUAGCUGCUUAUGCUAAUCACAUAAAUGAUCUUAUAAGUGUUAUAAGAAAAUCACAAAGAUUACUUCAAAUAACCGAAAUAAUCGAUUAUUCAAAUCUAAGAGAAAAUAAUGACGUAUUAGAAGAAACAAUUUUAUAUGAAGAUAUUGAGAAAGAUAAUGGGAAAUUUUGUGAUGUACGUUUAAUAUCUUCUGAUAAUAUAAUUGAUUAUAAAAUUGCUCUUCUCGAGUGUCAGGAAAUUCUUAUUAUGAAAGAUCAAGCCGAAUUUAUAGUCAAUUUUAAAGGAAAAAAAGAAAAUAAAUUGAGUGAAUGGAGAAUAGACGACUCCAAACUGCAGAAAUGUCUCUCAUCUUUGUCUGAUGAUCAACAAAUUCUUGACCGAUAUAAUAACUCUGAAAUCUAUAAUCAAAUUUAUGAAAAAGUUACAUCGAAAAAUGGUUAUAUUCGAGGAAAUUUUUUAUUACCUCUUGGAAAUUUAUCGGAUCGAAGAAAAUAUGAAGUAACAUUUAAUGAUUUAACCGUUAGAAACGACAGUGGAAAUAUUGAUCAAGCUAUAAAAACUAUAACUGUAGCAGCAGCAGAAUCACAGAACACAUUCAACUCAAUCUUUUCACUAGAAAAAUAUACUUUAACGAAUGAUUAUCAACAUAUAAGAGUUAGUUUAUUAAAAAUUAGUUCUGAAAUAUUAGAGCAACUUCUCAAUCCUAAUAUUAAAAUUCAAAAUGCGACAAAAGAGGCAGUUUUGACACAAUUGAAAGAGAGAAGCUCAUUUUUUCAUCGUCAUUGA